ACACAACAAAUCAUUUGUUUACAUUUAUACAAUUGCAAAAUAUAAAAACUAGGAAGAAACUGCAAUAAAAAUGAUAAAAUCAUUGUUAUUAAUGUUUUUAAUAAUUACGCUAGUUGCUGGUGUAGCCCACGACUGUACAACACUAUUGAUGGGUCAGUAUUUAUGCCCAGAUCCUAGUAGAAAACAAAUUGAUCCCAAAACGCAACAAUUCUAUGGUUGUCAACAAACAGGUGUGGCCAAAGUCUGGUGUAUAGCAGCCGAUGGCAUAGAAUGUAUGGGUACUAACAAUAAUACUUUCACCAAGGAAUUACCCUGCAAAUGGACUAAUGGCUAUCAUUUGGAUACAGUUUUAUUACUUUCCGUCUUUACUGGCAUGUUUGGUUUAGAUCGUUUCUAUUUGGGUUACUACGGCAUGGGCUUACUAAAGGCGUGUACAUUGGGUGGUUUCUUUAUUGGUCAAUUGGUUGAUAUUAUAUUGAUUGCUUUACAAAUUGUUCGACCAGCCGAUGGUUCUCAUUAUAUUAUACCAUAUUAUGGAGCUGGUGUUGAUAUUAUAAGAAGUAAUAAUGAAACGUAUCGAGUGCCGCGUGACGAUUGGUGAACAACGGUUGAAAGUGAUUAUGUUUGAAGUAAUGAGAAUUAAGGACUGUUUAAUAAAGUUAGAAUUAAA